AUGCAGGCUCCCAAGAUUAUCAUAAUCAACUCCGACGCCACUACUCAAGACUUUACGAUCGAGAAGGCUACGCUUGAGAGCCGUGUCUCCGCUGUCGGGCAAGAAAACAAGGAUCUGGCGGAGAAGGUAAAUACUCACUUGGAAGUUGAUUGUUGGUAUCCGGACAACCCAGAAAGAUUGCUCGUUUGGAGGGGAGCUCCGUUGCCUCGAAUUGGCGAUGGACAGGAGCUAGAGGAAGGCGCCGAUGACAAUAUGGCGGGGAUUGGACAAGGAGCCAAGCGUCUCAAGGUUAACCACGGGGACGCCUGA